CAACAACCUUACAAAAACCUACGAGCCCCUCAAAAUUAAAAGAAAUUUUUAUAAUUAACUAAAGCCCGGAAUUAGAGUGAUUAAUUAGUGAAAAAGUCAUCUAUUUAAUAAGAUAAGUGCUUAAUUUUCACGUUCAUUAUUUUGAUUAUACAAAAUGCGAUCUGUUGUGUGUGAUUCUGCAGCUGAAGAUCUAUUAGCUAGUUAUGGAAAGACUAAUAAGUUGGCAGUAGGGUUACUAAUCGGUCAAAUUGUUGAAAAUGGAAAGGAUUUUAUUGUACAUUUGGCUAAAACACCACAUUCCGAACAAAAUAAGAUAGAAGAAACAACAGAAGAGUUGUCAAAUAUAGCCGAUAUAAAGAAUAGUCUGGUCGCUGAACAUGCCUUAAAUGCAAUACGAAUGAUUGUGGGUGGAUUUAAUAUUUUGGGACUUUUUGUCGUUUCUGAAGCUAAUAUAAUGAGUGAUAAUUCAGCACUCCAGAAGCUAAAGACUGUUUUAAUGGAUAUAAAGAGUACACUAGAUUCUAAUGGGAUUCUCUAUGCAAAUACUGAUGAACAAGACAAUGGAGAUAAGCUUGUUCUAAACUACAUUACUAGCCAUAAGAAUUACAUCUGUAAGACAAUCUCGACAGAUCCAUCGAAAGCAACAUCACCAAGUCCCGUUGAUUUUAAAUUUGUCUCGAAAGGAAUCGACUGGUAUGAGUUUGAGACAAUUUAUGAAAUUGACACUGCAUUUCCAUUGUUACACUCAAAUAAUCAUUUUGAUACUGAAAAGUAUAUAAUGGCAACUAUUGAUGAUAUUGCUGGAAAUUUAGCAAAAAGCAUCAUGUUCUUUAAUGGCGAUCCACAAUCAAUAGACACGACUGUUGAGAAAUUUAUUAAAGACGGAAGUGGAGAUUCAUCAAAAGUCAAAGUUACUAUUUAUAGCGAAGCUUUUCAGGCACCACUAACUGCAAGCAAGAAUGGAAUUUUGACUCCACACGAAUCAUUAGUCUACUAUACAGGAAUUGUAGCAUCGAGAAUCUAUGGCUCACCUAGAUCGACAAUAGCUGAAAUAGAAAAGUUCAUUCUAAACGACAUAAUUCGAUCAAUUACGACAAGACUUCAAAUCUAUUAUGAUGCUUUGCUUGCAAAUGAUGAUGGUGGAAAUGAUAAUGAUGAAGAUCAGGAUGUUAAUAGCACAAUUCCACCGCGACGAGUCUUCUUUCAUCCUGUAAAUUCACCAAUUUCGUUUUGUGACUAUUUAUUCCAAAAUGAGAAUGAAGAAACGACUGUUAAACAAUCAAUGGAUAUUCUAGGUGUUGAUUUAGAUUCAUCUGAUGUUGAUAUUAGUGCUGAAGCUGUUGCACAAUUGAAAGUACUGGAAAAAUGUGACUCGCCUGGAAUUUGUGAAGAAACUGUCAACUUAACAACUAAUGACUCUGGAAAAUUGAUUUUAAUUUUGGGAAUUAUUGGAUUAGUUAUAGCUCUAAUUGUUUCUGUUGCAUUGCACUUCCUACUCAAAUGAAUUCCUACUUAUGAAGUACUUUUUUGGCACGUCUUGUUAUAAACAAGAACCAUUGAAUUUUUAUGAAGAUUGUUACUAAAAAUGAAAAACUGAAAUAUUUUUCUAUAGAUUUUAUGCAUACUUAUCAGCUUAUUAAACUUCGUACUAAAAUGAAUAAAAAUGAACGAAAAGCUU